CUAUUGGCAUCCCUAUUCCUAACUGGAUUCAAGUUUACUACAAAUGUCUCAAAAUAACAAUUCAUUUUUUCUACCUCUUUUUGAUCUUAAUUUUAGUAGUUUCUUAAUUCAGAAGCUACAUUAUUAAGUCACUAUUUAUACUGUUAUAGUUCAAAACGUUUUCUUUUGACUGAGUGGUAUAAAAUUUCAUCAAUAUGGACCCGUUCAUAAUUGCAGCUAUAAUCAGCGCUGUAGUAAUUAUUGUAUUAUUUAUUGCCAUCGCUAGAGCUUCAAAAGUCAAAACUCAACCUGCAGCUAGGCCGAGGGCAGUUGCUCAAAGAGAUGGCGGCCCUGGGAGAGUACAAGCGGUUAGAAAUCAGAGAGCACGGAUGAGAGCUAAUGCUGCACGAAACCAAGCAGUUGUGGAGGAGGAACCAGCACUGGAGGAAGAUGCUCAUGAAGAGGGUCCAGAUACUACUCAAAAGGUUGAAUUUGAUGACAAAAUGGGUGCCAAGAAACGAGCAAAACUCGAAGCAAAAUUGGAAAAGAAGAAAGCAAGAGAAGCAGAAGAACAUAUGCGAGAAAUAAAAAAAAAGAAGGAUGAAGAAUUGGAAGAGGAACGUAGAAAAGCAGAUGAGAAAAAAGAGGAGGAAGAGCGACUCCACGAGGAAUCGGAGCGUAAAGCAGAAGAAGAAAGAAAAAAACGCGAACAAGAAGAAUAUGAAGCCCUAAAAGCUGCUUUCUCUGUGGACAGUGAAGGUUUCGAAGAGAAUGAGGAGCAGGAUAGUGAGAGUUUACUGCGUGAUUUUGUAGAUUACAUCAAGGCUCAAAAAGUUGUGUUGCUGGAAGAUUUAGCAGCACAUUUCAAAUUAAAAACUCAAGCUGCUAUUGAUAGAAUUAACGAUCUUCAGACAUCUGGUGAACUUACUGGUGUAAUAGAUGACAGGGGUAAAUUUAUAUACAUAUCUCAAAAGGAACUAGAGGAUGUUGCAAAAUUCAUAAAACAAAGGGGUAGGGUGUCGAUCACAGAACUAGCAGAGAGUAGUAAUGAAUUAAUCAAUUUAACCCCAGUCAGUGUACAAUAAUAAUUGUAAGAUAUCCAAGUUGUUACUACUUUGUCUACUGUGUAAAUAAAUGUAAAUGUGAAAAAAAAUAAAGCAAUGUUAAUACAAAAUUUAUUUA